GUAACACUUAUCUGCUCUGUUUCUCUCUCUUCAUUUCUAGAUCAGAUGAAGUAAGCAAUGGCUGGUGCAAUUGCUAGCGCCGGUGCCACGCUCUGCUUCUCAUCGCAAAACCCUAUCAAAACCCUUCAUUUCUCUACCAAAACACAUUCUUUUUACUUCCCAAAACCUAAAGUUUCUGCCUUCAGAUGGAACUCUGUGAGACCCAUCAGCCCACUCCAUGGCUUCUCCUGCAACUGUUUCUCCACCGUCUCCACCAACACUACCCACUAUGAGUUCUCCGAUGGGUCUUCUGAAGUGGAACUAAGGUUGCAACUUGGCGGCCAAGAUGUUCCAAGUGCCAAAGAUAUAUUUGUGGAUGCGGAUGGUACUUCUCUAACUGUAAAAGUACGGCAGGCUGGGUCCUUCGUCAUACUUAUAGAAACUAAUAGUCUCUUUGAGAAAAUAAAGCCUGCUGAAACAAUAUGGUAUAUAGAUGAUGAUCAACUCGUUAUUAACUUAAAAAAGCAGGACCUGGAUUUGGAAUGGCCAGAUAUUGUGGAGUCAUGGGAGUCCUUGUCAGCAGGUUCUAUGCAACUCCUUAAAGGAACUUCAAUUUACAUUGUUGGGGAUUCCACUGAAAUUAACCAAAAAGUGGCUCGUGAACUUGCUGUUGCUCUUGGGUACACACCACUUGAUACAAAAGAGUUGUUAGAAACUUUCACCAAGCAAACUGUUGAUUCAUGGGUGCUGGCCGAAGGUUCUGACUCUGUGGCUGAAGCAGAAAGCGCUAUAUUGGAAAGCUUAAGUAGUCAUGUCCGGGCCGUUGUUGCAACAUUAGGAGGGUCGCAUGGAGCUGCUGGAAGGACCGAUAAAUGGAGGCAUCUUUAUUCAGGGUUUACCGUCUGGUUGUCACAAACUGAAGCUAUAGAUGAGGAUUCAGCAAAGGAGGAAGCCAGAAGGCAUGUUCAAGACGGUAGUCUUGGCUACUCCAAUGCAGAUGUGGUUGUGAAGCUCCAGGGUUGGGACGCUGACCAUGCCAAAAGCUUAGCACAAGCAUCGUUAAGUGCCCUCAAACAGUUAAUUCUAUCGGACAAGAAACUUCCAGGUAUUGCUCUUCAUGUGUAGGUAAGAAGAGCCUUUAUAUAAGGUUAGGAUGUCGUGGGCAUAGGCCAAACAUCAAGCCACCAGGGUGGGAUCCAUCAACUCCCAACUGAUGUACAGCCUGCUACAUUGGAAAUUUGAUUAUUGUACAGACACAAAUUGGAUUUGUGUCGGGAAAUUUACCGCUUGAUUUCUUUUGGUCAAGCUGCCUGGUUCAAGCAGAAAAUUUUCUUGUAACUUUAGCACAUUUGAAGUUGGGAUUCUAACACAGACAAAAACGCACCUUCAAACACUUUAUUCAA